UUUUGAAGGGUACUACAGCGUCAUCUCUGCUUAACCGGAAAUGAAUGUGGAUUAUAGAGUCGCUGCUUUCAAUCAAAAUAAUCAACUGAGAUGCGAGUAUAGUGCAAUGCAUUUUCGCAUUUGAACCAAGGUGUAGUAAUUAAAUAACUAUGGGAGGGUACAGUGUGAUGGCAAAUGAGGAGUCACUUGAUUAUUCAGUGCAUGAAGCAUGGAAUGAGGCCACCAAUGUUUACCUUCUGGUUAUUUUGGUCAGCUUCGCCCUGUUGAUGUAUGCCAGAAAAAAUAAGAGGAAGAUCAUGCGUAUAUUUACGGUGCCACCGACAGUCGGAACCGCAGCAGAACCGAACUUCUAUGACAGUCUACAGAAAAUCCGACUGAGACAACAACUGGAAAUGUAUUCACAAGCUCGUAAAUAUGAUCAACAGCACCAACAGACGCAGUCUGACAGUGUGCAGCUGUCAAUGGAGUGAUCUCGCCAGAGGGGGCGCUCUUCACUCACCAAUGGUACUUAACUGAAAAAGACAAAACAAGCCGCAAAUGAGUGGACAUGCUACAAUUCGGAGAGACUGAGAAGUACUGGGGUUGACUGGGGGGGGGUUGACUGUUGAAUUUUGUUGACUGCUGAAGAGGCGUUCUUUUUAUUCACAUUCUUAACACAUUCUGAAGGAGAAGGUUACAUAAUCACACACACACACACACACACACACACACACACACACACACACACACACACACACACACACACACACACACAUAUAUAUAUAUAUAUAUAA